AUGAAGUGGAUCGCGGUCCUCAGCCUGGUGGCCUUCUCAGAGUGCUUAGUCACAAUCCCUCUGACGAAGAUCAAGUCCAUGCGAGAAAAUCUCCGGGAAAAAAACCUGCUGAAAAAUUACCUGGAGAGGCAUCCUUACAGACUGACCUACAAGUUUCUUCAGAAACAACCGGACUCAGGAAUACCUUUUGAACCCAUGCGCAACUACCUGGAUCUGUCCUACAUUGGCACCAUCAAGAUUGGAACCCCCCCUCAGGAGUUCAGGGUCAUCUUUGACACGGGUUCAGCUGACUUAUGGGUGCCCUCCAUCUACUGCUCCAGCCAGGCCUGUGCUAAACACAAUCUCUUCAACCCUUGGCUGUCUUCCACCUUCUGGGAAACGGGCCAACGCAUCAUGCUCAGCUACGGCUCUGGGAUUGUGAAGGGAUUUCUCGGCUAUGACACUGUCCAGAUUGGGGGCCUUGUCGACGUGUCCCAGGCAUUUGGCCUGAGCCAGACGGCGUCCAUCCAAUCCUUAGAACAUGGGGACUUUGAUGGCAUCCUGGGCCUGAGCUACCCCAGCAUCGCCCUCCAAGGGGCCACCCCUGUCUUCGACAACCUAUGGAAACAAGGCCUCAUUUCUCAGAAGCUUUUCGCCUUCUACUUGAGUAGCCACGAGAAGGAGGGCAGCGUGGUGAUGUUCGGCAAGGUGGACCCAUCCUACUACAAGGGAGACCUGAAGUGGGUGCCAGUGACCAAACAUGGCUACUGGCAGAUAGCCAUGGACAGCAUCUCCGUGAACGGGAAGGUUAUUGCUUGUGAGGGCGGCUGCCAGGCUGUCGUGGAUACCGGAACCGCAUUGCUGUUUGGCCCAAAAGACCCUACCCUCAACAUCCUGAAGAUCAUCAACGCCCAGCGCACCAACACUGGCGAGCACGUCGUCGACUGUAACACCACCAACACCCUGCCUGACGUCAUCUUCACCAUCAAUGGCGUCAAGUACCCAGUGCCAGCCACAGCCUAUAUCCAGAAGGUUGACUCUGACCUCUGCUACAGCAACUUUGAAAGCACCUCACUCGACUUGGAUCUCUGGGUCCUGGGUGACGUCUUCCUCAGGCUGUAUUUCACCGUUUUCGAUCGAGAAAACGACAGGAUUGGCCUGGCUCCUGUGGUGUCAGUGUAA